CUACUGGCGGGCCUUUCUCCUCUUGCUGGGGGGGCCGGCCUGCUCGUCGCCCUUGCGCUUCCUAUCGCCUCUGGCGGCUGCACACACGACGACACACACACAGCACUGUCUGUGUGCCUGAUGCUGCUUCACCCUCAGCUCUACCACUUCAUCGGCUACCACAUCAUCGGGGCCCGGAAACGGCUGCAGGUUCUCGUCACACACACAGACAAUUGGUGUGUUGUCUGCUCGCCAUACAACACCCAAUGCGCACCUUUUGGUCGAAGAACGUCAGAAAUGGGCGGUCAGAGUGCGCUGCGCACCCCACGAAGGUUAUAGCGACCACAGCUGCGAUUAUAGGCACACCACCUUCUUGGCAUCCGGCGAUGCUGUGACCACCCCCUGCCCGUGGGUGAACGUGGACACCAAUCGCCAUACACAAUCGGUGUGGGUGUGUGCAGAGAAGUCGACGUGCUGUCGUGUACCUCCGAUGGCUGUGAAUGCACACUGCGACACACAGAAUGCAGGUAUGGCGACGUUGGCCCUCCCCGUGCGCAGACCGCAAUACAGAACCACUUGCUGUGCGGAUGAUACACACGAGACACGAACAAAGAGGCCAGCAAGGCAUUGGCGUGCACUCCUGCUUUCUCUUGAUGGUUGCCUGCCUGGAUGAUGGCAGCUUCUAUCACUCGCUCGGUGUGCUGCAGGCAGACAGACACACACAUUGCUGCACGGUAAAGUGCUAAGGAUGGCUUGUCGGCUCAGUAUAUAGUGUGUCGGCUGCCCCUCUCCUCACCUCGUUGCUGUUGUACGCAGUGGCCUGUUUGAUCUCCAAAGGGCACUGACAAAACGCAUGAAGAAAGGGCUGCACACACAUCCACGCGAGGUAAAGCGCCGAGGAAUGUUUGCUGGUCGUCCUCUUCCCAACCUUAUUUCUGUAUGCGAUGGCCUGCUUCACCUCCAAUGGAAGCUGGCAGGUCGUAGAACAUUGCUGACAACAACAACGCAAUGCCAU